AUGGGGCGCAGCUUCGGCAUGACGGCUCUCCUUCUCGUCGCCCUCGCCUCCGUGGUCUCAUCGUGCACGGCGGAGCUUAUGAGGACGACCGAGACUCGGUGGGCCCUCCGCCUUCCGCUGCCCAGCGGCGUCACCGGCGCCGAGAGCCUCGCCUUUGACGCGGAGGGCGGAGGGCCCUACACCGGCGUCUCCGACGGCCGCGUCCUCAAGUGGGGCGGCACCGCCGUCGGCUGGACAACCUUCGCCUACAACGCCAACUACAGGAAACUUCCUCUGUGCUUGUCGUCGGUGGUGCCGUCGGAGGAGACGGAGAGCCUGUGCGGGCGCCCGCUGGGGCUUGCCUUCCACUACAGGUCGGGGUACCUGUACAUCGCUGAUGCGUACAAGGGGCUCAUGAGGGUAGGGCCGGACGGCGGCGAGGCGGAGGUGCUGGUGACCGGGGCCGACGGGGUGGCGUUUAACUUUGUCAACGGCAUCGAUGUCGAUCAAGCUACCGGUGAUGUCUACUUCACCGACAGCAGCCUGACCUAUCCACGCAGAUUCAACACCGAAGUCGUGAUAAACGCGGAUGCCACCGGACGACUGAUGAAGUACAAUGCAGAGACAAACCACGUCACCGUGUUGAAGGAAGGCUUACUCUACCCCAAUGGCGUAGCCAUCGGAUACAAUAUGUCAUAUGUUGUUGUGGCGCACACCACGCCUUGCCAGGUCUUCAGGUACUACCUGAAAGGGCCAAAGGUCGGAAACUAUGAGCUAUUCGCCGACCUGCCGGGCUACCCGGAUAACGUGAGGCGCGACGAGCAAAAUGGCUAUUGGGUCGCACUGAACCAAGAGAAGACACACCUAAAUGCGACGGCUCCGGUCAAGCACUUGGUCGGGGUAAGGCUCAACCGCGAUGGCAUGGGGGUCGAGGAAUUGACGGCGGCCAAGGGUGUCACCUUGAGCGAGGUGAUGGAGCUAGACGGAAAGUUGUGGUUGGGGUCGGUCGAACUUGAUUACGUGGGGAUCAUUGCCCAAUCUGUUUAUACUAUUAGUCUCUGA